AUGGAUGAGAGCAAGCUUUUAAACCAAAAUGUUAUCGUCUUCAUCCUCAUCACCACCAUCUGCCAUGCAGCUUUUCAGCCUUCUGCGUCUGAUUGCAGCCUUCAUUUUGACUUUCCUUCUCCAAAUUCAACUUGUGAAGAGGGAGACUGGGGAGGGUUUCUGCGCAAGAACUGCUGCGCUUCGGCGUUCAACGACUACCUCUAUGCGCUGGGGCAGAGGGCAAAUCAAACCGGAAAAAUAUAUCUCAACUCUGCCGAGCAGGGGAGUUGCUUGGCUUCGAUGAAGGAUUUGCAGAAGAAUGUUUUUGGCUGUGGGAUUGAGAAGCUAACAAGUGGUGCCGGGGGCUGUUCUGACUUCUCAGUUGCUGAUGUUACUAAUAGGUUGGGUGACAGGUUGAAAAGUCUUGAGGGGAACUGUAAGUUUCAGAGUUCUGAUGAUGGAAAAAAUGAGCAGUUGUGUGGUUCCUGUGUGAAGAGUUGGGAAGACAUAGGAGCAUUGCCUUCCACAUCCUCCGAUCCACAAUCUAUUGAGGUCGAGACCAAUGUUUGCAGGUUUGCAGUCCUGGUGUCAUAUACAAGCAUUAAACUUGAAAAUAAAGCGCAUCUCCUUGCAGUUUAUACCUGCCUUGGGUCACAAAAGUUCUUCACCAAUAAUAAUCAACUACCACCAAAGGGAAAUAGGAAAAUAAGUACAGGUUUAUGGAUUGUGAUUGGAGGCGGCAUCGUAGGUGUCUUCGUUUUAGUAGUACUAGCUGUAUGCAUUGUAUCAAAGAAACGUAUCCAAUCAAGUCCACCACCAAAAAAAGACGCAUUUAAGGAUGAUCCUUUCGAAGAGUCAGGCUGUCCAAAAAUUUCUAUCGAGGAAGUGUAUUCUGCUACAAACAAUCUAAGCCAAUCAAAUUUCAUUGGUGAAGGAACUGCUGGGAAGGUGUAUAAAGGAAUACUGUCAAAUAAUCAGCAUGUAGCAAUUAAGCACAUCAUCAAUGAUGGAAAUGUGGAGACAUUUGCCAGAGAAGUUACAAGCUUAUCACACAUUAGACAUCCCAACCUCGUUACUUUGCUUGGUUAUUGCGUAAACGAAGAUGAGUGUUUCCUUGUCUACGAGCUUUGUCCCAAUGGAAACCUCUCAGAAUGGCUUUUUGGGAAAGAUAGGAACCUGCCCUGGAUCCAGAGGCUGGAGAUUGCGAUUGAUAGUGCUCGAGGUUUAUCAUUUCUCCACACAUAUCCAGAAGGCUGCAUUGUCCAUCGCGAUAUCAAGCCAACAAACAUUCUCCUUGGGAAGAAUUUUGAAGCCAAGCUAUCAGACUUUGGACUCUCUAAGAUCAUUGAACUGGGUGAAACCUAUGUGAGUUCCGAAGUGAGAGGAACUUUUGGUUACGUUGAUCCUGACUAUCGGAGCAACAACCGUGUAAAUUCAUCAGGAGAUGUCUACAGCUUUGGAAUUGUACUUCUACAAAUCCUAUCGGGGAAGAAGGUUGUCAACAUGAAUCUGAACACACCAAUGCCAUUAAGUAAAAUGGCUAAAGGCCUCAACAGAAGUGGCAGCAUCAAUGAUUUUGCUGAUCCUAAACUUCAAGGAGAAUACUCAGCGGAAGCUUUUGAUCUCACACUUCAGUUGGCUCUGUCAUGUACAGCACUCAAACAACGAAGACCUUCCAUGGAGCAAAUUGUUGCAACAUUACAAGAGGCCCAUGACUUGUCAACAGAGGCAAAGGCCUCCACUCCUGAAGUUUCAACAGAUACUAGCAUUCAGUAUUGA